GCCCGCCACCCGGGCGCAGCCGGAAGCCCCGUCGGCGGGCGCCGGUGGCGGCCGCGGUAGCGGCGCUGCCUCCCGCGCUGCAGGAGGCGGGGAGGAAGAGGAAGGAGGAGGAGGAGGAGGAGAAGAAAAAGGAGGAGGAGGAGGAGGAGGCGGCGGCGCUGGCGCUGGCGGCGGCCGGUGGCGGCGUCGCCGCCAUGGGAGCGGAGCAGAGCGCGGAGGCCGAGAGCCGCCCGGGCGAGCCCAGCGCCUCAGCAUCUCCAUCGCCAGCCAAGCAACGAGCAAAAAUGGACGACAUUGUGGUGGUAGCCCCAGGAACGCAGUCCUCCCGGAACGUCAGCAAUGAUCCAGACGUCAUAAAACUGCAAGAAAUUCCAACUUUCCAGCCCCUUUUGAAAGGACACCUCAGUGGGCAGACCUCUCAGACCAACACCAAACUGGAAAAGCUGGACCCCCAGCAGGUGCUGCAGCUGUGUCUCCGGUACCAGGAUCAUCUUCACCAGUGUGCAGAAGCGGUUGCCUUUGAUCAGAACGCGCUCGUGAAGCGGAUCAAGGAGAUGGACCUCUCUGUGGAAACUCUUUAUAGCUUCAUGCAGGAGCGCCAGAAGAAGUACGCCAAGUACGCGGAGCAGAUCCAGAAGGUCAAUGAGAUGUCUGCCAUCCUGCGCCGCAUACAGAUGGGCAUCGACCAGACGAUCCCGCUGAUGGAGCGGCUGAACAGCAUGCUGCCGGAGAGCGAGAGGCUGGAGCCCUUCAGCAUGAAACCCGACCGGGAGCUGAAGUCCUAGCUGAUCCCGCAGGCUCCCCCUCCGCACCGUCCGUGCUCCGGUGUUCAGCACAGGCGCGCUCCCAGCGGGCCGGCCUGGCGGAUGGUCGAGCGGCCGGCGGUGCUGCCUGACUCCCUGCCGGGGCAUCGCAGGAAGAGCAGCCUCAGCUGCCAGAACUGCGCAGCCAGGAAUCCGGGAGCUCCCCGCUCCCGUCGUCUGGAGAAGAUGAUAUACUGUCCUUUCAUCUCCCUCCUCUUGCCCUCCCGUCUCCUUUACUACCACCACAGCCUGCACCGAGACAUUUGUUUCAUUGCUGUGACUAGAUUGGGGUUUACAGAGGAGGAGUUUUUCUUUCAUCUGUGUUGGUUUUUUGUUUUUUUGUUUUGUUUUUUUUUCUUUCACUAGAGAAAUUCAAAGGGAUACGGGGUGCGAUGAACCCUCUAACAUGGUUUUUGUGCCACUGGGGUUAGACGAUUAGGUGUCUGGCAGGUAUUUCUGAGAUCCCCUGGCGUUGGAAAUACGUGUGUUUUAUAGGUGAAAGUGCGGGAGCCAGGAACUGGCUUAUUAAAAUCUGACUAUUAUCAUAAUUAACAUGGUUUGCAUGGCAGGGUUUUGGCAUGUCCUCCUCGAGGCUCCUGUUUUUAUGGGCUUACUAAUUUAUGAGGCGGUAAAGGAAUAACUGUUCCAAAUACGUACGUCUGGUAAUGUUAAGCAAGCCUUAGCGUUCCUCUCCCCCUCGCCCUGGCAACGUCCCCGUGGUGGCAUUUCGUGUCCCUCACCUUGCACAGUGAUUCUGACAGGCACUGGCACUGGCCUGCUCACUUUGCAUCCCAAAGCUGGACACGAGGUGUCUUUUGUUUUUUGUUGGUUGGUUGGUUUUCCUUUUAUUUAUUUAUUUUUAUUGGGACACUCCAGUUACCUUGGUGCUGUCUUUUCUACCAGAGGGAUGCCGUUGUUUCUUUACCUUCAAGCACAUGGGAGUCCGAGGGGGGGAGACACGAGAAGUCCUUCGGGUCUUUGCACGGGCUUCACUGCCGUCAUGCCCAGAGCUUGCCCGAGCAUGGUGUUUAAUGACUGAAACCACAGGGCCCUUUGGGGCCGCGCUCAGCGAACGGCUCCAGAGGCAGCAGGAUGUUCUUGCCUCCCCCCAGGCCGAGGGCCCGGCUGGAAGGCAGGCGGGGUGCCCCCCCCCCCCCCCCCCCACCUGCUGGGGUGGGUUGGUUCCCAACCCUGCCACUGCUCUGCUGCCUGCAGGCGAUUUGCAGCACCUCUCCGAGCUUUGGCCUCUCCCUGUUAUAAACGGGGGGGGGGGGGGCGGGGAUAUUUUACACGCUGCUGUAAAAAUAUUUGUGGAUCUCGAAAGAGGGUUUAACAGCCAGUGUCGCCAUUGCGUGGCAGCUCCUGUCUGCAGCAGCAGGAGAGUGAAACCAGGAGUGAGGAGCCCUGGGUUUGCUGGGUCAGGGGUAGGUCUGUGUGUGUUAUGCGAGUCCCAGGACGCUGAAGCGUGCCCGUGAACUCCAAGGGUGGCCGUGUAUCAGGAGCAUAAUUCCAGUGGUGAGGACAGCCCUCUUUGAGAGAGUCAGCGACGACCCAUCCGCCAGUACAGCACAAGGCGAGGCGACUUGCUUGGAUACCUCUUAGUACUUAAGAGUACUUGAUCAGCAAAAGAUUGUCUCUGAGCCUUUGGGAAUAAGAACGCAGUAGGUUUUUGAAAGUAUUAAUUAUUGCCUGGUGGCAGGAAGCAACAGGCCGUUCUCUUGUUGCAUUCCCAAAGGCCGUGUAGCCCAGGGUGAAUUUUUGUGAUGCAAACUGCUGCCGACUUAGAUGUGUAUCUGAACCAUAGUGGUGAUUGGAGCCCAGGGCCCACUGAACACUUAUGGAAGCAGAGUCCUGUAGAAAUGAAGCUCCCUGGAAUGAUGCCCUGGGAAGAGCGAUUGACUGCUUCAGAGACAGCAAGGAACUCGGCAGGAGAUUUUUCUACUAAAGGCAGCAGCAGAGUGGGCCUCCUUGUCUGCUGCUUCCACCCCAGCAUUGUUACGUAGUUGUACACACUCAGGUGUAGCUGGCUCUGUGUUGCACAGGAUAUAACAUCAGGCUUCCAUCCUUCCUCUUGCGUCCUGCAGUAUUUUACGCUUGGUUUGGUAACAGCUUGCACGAGACCUAACAACCCAGGAAAACCUGCUUGUCACGGCCAGGCCCGCGAGGGUCCUCACCGUCCAUCAUGGAAUAAUAUGUCUCUGCCUCCCGCCAUCCGACGCACCAGAAUUCGCAGCAGCUUUAAAUAGCGGCUGCAGGCGUUUUUGUCCCCCUCGUCCAGAUGAUGCUGUCUGGAAGCUUAGAAUGCGCGACAUUCAGCCGUCUGCCAGACGGGCCCGUGGAUAUCCCGCACGCGGGCGUGCUGGCAGCCUGUACUGGUGGGAAGAUCCUGGUAUUGGAUCUCAAGGCAGGGGCUAGGCUGCAGAUGCUGUAAAGCUUCUAGACACUUGGCCUCAUGCUAUUAAGUGUCAGAUCAAAGCAUUGCUCCUUGCGGUGCUAAUGAGGGCAAGCGAAUAGCAUUCCUAUCUGAAAGCUGCAGGAGUGAGGGCUGCAAAUCAGUUCCUUCCUUAUUUGCUGUAAAACACCCAGACAUGGGGCUGAUAAUGGGGGAAAAUGUUUGUUCCUAUGAUUGCUGGGCUUUAAGCUUGUGGAUGUGCUGCUGGGACUCCCAGCUUGAGCUUUCUGAGCAGCAAGGGGAAGUUGUGAAAAAUGUUAAUAGCUUAACUAGAAAGAGAGCUGAAAUGUGAAGGCUGACCCCUUCCAAAGCGCGCGGGUCAUCACCGUCACUCCACAGGUGAUGAAGUGGUGUAAGGUGCACCCUCUGACUGUUCUCAAACGAUGGUUUACAGUUUUACUUAACACCUUGUCACUGGUUUCAUUAACUGUACGUCUUUGCACUCCUCACCGAGGGGAAGACAUUUCCUGCCACAUCUCCUUGAGCUGCUGUUUGUUGCUUGGCUGCUGCUCCUUCGCUUUGCUCUGUGCGCUGCCAUCCGCUCCAUCUUGGAUGCGGGUGGCGAUCAAGGUGAGACUGUUGCUUUACUCCCUUUCCCGCUCUGUAGCAGGAGAUUUGAACCUUUCUGCUUACGAAUUUCCUUUUCCAAGCCAAACGCUGUUGGAGAAGGCCUCAGGUAUCUCUCACGAAUGUACUAGCUGUUCUCUCUUCUACAAAACCAUCUGGGCUGCUCCGCUGAAGACAAACAUUUCUGCCCUUUUCUGCUUUCUGAGGUGGCGUGUGGUCUGGGGUACAGACUUUAAGCUUCUUGAUAUGCAACCUUUUGAAAAGCUGGAGAACAGGGUGAGGCUCUGGGUCUGUUGUGGUUCUUCCCCUGACUCUGCUGUUGCGCUCCUCCCUCUGUGCUGGUGCCUGUUGCAUCCUACGCUGGUCAGUGCGCUAGGCACGCAGAAGAGGUUUGCUUUGUUGUUUCUGUUGUUUUUGUAAUUUAAUGCGUUGACAGGGUGCUAAAGUGCCAACCUGUGUGCAGGGCAAUUGCUGUGGAGAUCUGGUGAAGGGGACAGAAAAUAGUUUUUGGGGUUUUUAAAACAUAUGUAUUUUAAAUUAAAUAUAUUUAAAUAAAUAUUUAAAGUGUGUUUUCCCCUCCUCUAAGCUUUUACACAGAAAGAGUAGAAAUGCACAUUUUUGCAGGCCCAGUCACUGUGUGAGCUAGCCCCUCUCUCUCUCAGGCUGCGUGCCAGUGGGUUCCUGAGGUACUAUUGUAACUGCCGAGCUGCCGGAGUGUAUUUUGGUUACCAGCCUUGUGGCUCAGGGCUCCUUGGCUAACGGGUGCUUAUCCUGUUUGCCCACUUGCUCCGCUUUCGGCUCCCGUCAUGCUAUGUGUUCCACAGCUCCAGCAUUAAAAUGUGUGGUAUCAGUCUUUGCCAA